GCCCAACAUGGGACCAGGUAAUGCCAAUGCUACUUUUAUUCAGUUCUGUAGUCGAGCUAUUGUAAAUCUAUUCGUGUUUUGUAUGUCUUACCUUCUGGUUCAUGAAAGGUGAAGACAUGGUGGCAUGGCCAAGGAGCUGGGAAUGAGUGACUUCUGUUUGUCAAACAGGGGACAUGCAGAGGAGCAAACUCCCCCAACUUCCAGUCUGAGCUUCCCAAGCAAGGAGGUUUAUCCCGAGUUCAAGAUGGAUAAUGGUCUUCCUGAGAUCCUCUUCACUCUUAGUAACAUGUGCAAGAUAUAAGGAUUAAUACAAAUUAUGGUAUUCCAGUGGUUUGGAUUAUGUUAGGCUUUUGGUCACCGUUUUAUUCAUCUGGACGUGGAUUUUAGGCCUCGCUACAAAAUGGUCAUGCCAUUACCAGGAAUUCAUCAGAUAUGCUAUGUGAACUAAAGUUAACUUGGAACUGCAUCAAUGGCACGCCCUGCACCAUCACCAAAUAAUCGCUUUUACUGAGAGACUCUCUCUCCAAACACCCCGACUGUUCAGCUACUCUUACGGCCAUUCCCCACCCUUCUGCUUUGCAACCUUUGAACACCCAGCCCCUGCAGACCCCUGAAUGAGGGUUCACAGUGGGGGGGUCAUCCUGCCAUGGCUCAUUCUGCGGUCUCUGGGCGCAGAGAGAUGACCAACGGGGCCCACUCCAGCAGCCAGGCUGGGGGCGCCAACACCGCCACGCGCUACAUGCUCAAGAAGCAGCAGCGCCGGAGGAUUAGAUCGUCCUCCCCCAUGGGCAGAGUCAUUCUCAUCAACUCGCCCGUCGAUGGUGGGGAUGACUGUGAAGACAUCCACACAAUAACGGUGGAUAAGAGCGAGGACGGCCGGCUUGGCUUCAGUGUGCGGGGUGGCUCUGAGCACGGCCUUGGGAUCUUCGUCAGUAAAGUGGAGGAUGACAGCUCAGCAGAGCAGUCUGGCCUGUGUGUGGGGGACAAGCUGGUGGAGGUGAAUGCCAUUAGCCUGGAGAGCAUCACCAUGAGCAGUGCAGUGAAGGUCCUCACCGGGAACAACCGGCUGCGGAUGGUGGUGCGACGAGUAGGGAAGGUCCCCGGCAUCCGCUAUUCCAAGGAGAAGACCACAUGGGUGGACCUGAUCCACCGCCGGAUGGUGGUUGAGGAAAGUGGGCGGACCCCCUCAGAGUCCAGCUCGGACAGUGCCCUGCGUCGGAUCGUCCACCUGUACACCACCUCGGACGACUACUGUCUGGGCUUCAACAUCCGCGGAGGGAAGGAGUUUGGCCUGGGCAUCUACGUGUCUAAGUUGGACCCAGGUGGUUUGGCAGAGCAGCAUGGCAUCAAGAUGGGCGAUCAGAUUUUGGCGGCCAACGGCGUGGGCUUUGAGGACAUCACCCACAGCAAUGCAGUGGAGGUGCUGAAAAGCCAAACUCACAUCAUGCUCACCAUCAAGGAGGCGGGAAGAUACCCUGCUUACAAAGAAAUGGUAGCGGAGUACAGCUGGCUUAAUAAAUUGGCCAAUGGGCUGGCUCCAUCCUCCCAGGGUUCUGACUCCUUCUCCUCGGCCUCCUCCCUGUCCUCUGGCACACCCCUCUCCUCCCUGAGUGGCCUGUCCCAGGUCAUGUUCCCGCCAAUGGGCUGCGAGAUGGUGGAUGUCUGCAUCUCCACUGAGGACCGCUCUCGCCGGCCCAGCUGCGACCGCAUCGAGAUGGCCAUCCAGACCGACCCGCCGGCGGCAGACAGGGCGGUUGCCGUGGAGACCAGCCGGACACUAGGGGAGACGGUGCUGCUGAGGGACACGGUGAUCCGCAGUGGGACCUUCGGGCAGCCGGGACAUGCAGAGCGCAGCAGGACGUACUCAGCGGGGGAGAAGGAGACACUGGACUCAGCCAAAACGGCCGUGCUGGUGGCCCUGAGCAAACCGCGCAGACCCCUGCGCCGCUCUCAAAGCCAUAUCACCGUGUCAGAGGACAAGAGGAAGAAGAAGAAGCAGCAGAAGGAGAAGACUGCAGGGGAGGGAGGGAGCACCCUGCAGCGCUCCAAGACGUUCGUCAGCCUCCUCUUCAAGAGCGGCCGGCGGAAGGAGAAGGAGAGGGAGAGGGAGGCCUCCAGGGAGAGGAGGAAUGGAGGGGUGGCGGAGGGACGCAGGGGCCGGUCCAAAUCCCCUGCACGCUCUGAGAAGGAGAGGGGUAAGGAGCGUAGCCGUCUCAGCCUGCUGACGUCCCCCAAGGAGUCUCGCGCGGGGGUGAAGGAGCACAGCCCUCUGCCCGGCCCUGAGACUCUGGCCAUGGUGGAGGGGAUGGCCCACCGGCUGCUGAGCGAGGACGAGGCGGCCGCCGUCAUGAGGCACUGCAGACGGUUUAUCUUGGAGCGAGUGGUGGAGGACCUGGUGCGCCCCCUCCUGGCCAUCCUGGACAGGCCUGAGAAGUUGCUGUUGCUACGGGAGAUUAGGGCACUUGUUCCUCCCUCUGAUGUUGUUCAGUUUGACAGCAUGGUCGUGCCAUUUGAACUGGAGGCCUAUGAGAUUCUCAAGAGUCGCUCUGUGAGAUCACCAGCUCUAAGAUCCCCUCGGCCUGGAGGGACACCACGACGCCAUCUCAUAACUCCCAUACCAGACUACCGGGGUGGUUUCCAGCUGCAGCCCGCUCAGGACGCCAAGCGAGAGCGCCACCUUCUGGAGGAGCUGGACAGCCUGCGCGUCUCCAGCCACAAAACCGGCCGCCUUCCUCCCUCCCGCCCCUUCACCCCGCUGCUGGACAUUCCCGUGGACGGGUACGCGCCCCCGACCUCUGUCCUCCGUUCACGCUCCCCUAGUCCAGCGCCCCCCAACUGGCUGCUGACUGAGUCGCCCCGUAGCACCACCACCCGCCGUGGGCGCUCCCCUCCGAGGAGAGACAAUGGUUCGGCCCACUCCAGAGAGCCCAGUGACAGAGGAGAGACCACUUCCCGAGAGCGGGGAAGGUCCCCUUACCAGAACGCUAACGGCAGAAGGGACAGAGCGCAAACGAGCGGUAACGGGACGGACAUGCUGCCCGUGAGCGCCCCGCAACGCAGCAGGCCCCCCCUGGCUCAGGUGUUUUCCCCCCAGGAGGGUUUGCGGCCCCCAGACCGGUCCCCGUCCGCAGGUAGACUGGCCGGGGCACAAGUGAACGGUCACACUCGCUCCCCACAGAACGGACAUCACGACAGCCACCGGGCGCAGGAGUACCAGCUCACCACCGUCUCCAUACCCAAGACCAAACAGUCUCUGGGGAUCAGCAUCUCCGGUGGGAUGGAGUCUCGUGUGCAACCCAUGGUUAGGAUCGAGAAGAUCUUUCCUGGGGGAGCAGCCUCAGCCAGCCCAGUGCUGAAGGCUGGUUAUGAGCUGGUGUCGGUGGACGAAGAGUCCUUGCAGGGCGUCUCUCACCAGCACGCAGUGGACGCCAUCAGAAGAGCAUUCAGCAACAAGGCCAAAGACCCCAUGCAGCUUGUGGUGAAGGUCCCCAAAGGACCCCAGGACUGAACCGCCCCGACCCUUAUUACCUUAUUACCCACCCAGAGACUGGGAAGGACUUUGGUAUCAAUGCCUUUGGGAGAGCCAGGCUGCCAGAACCUGAACUGUGCCCCGGAAGACAGGCUUGGUACAUGGGCAAGCUCAAAGAGCCAUAGAGCCCCAACCAGGGCAGGAGCCACCGGAGGAAACUUUGACUUUUUCAUAGUCUCAUAAAGCUCCUUCGAUAUUUCCACUGUGCAACCUAUACCUGUAUCAGAAUUGAAAAUAGGAGUUGUGGGGUAAUGUCUGUCUGAGCUGCUGCUUACCACAUAGCACUAAGAAAUGACAACUAGAUCCCAAUGGCCCAUAAAAUAUAUCUAUCUUUACUGUUUUUGUUAUAGAAGCAUUGGAAUAUUAAAGGUAUUAAAUACA